UUUGUCCGGAAUGAAAGUUGUCAUGUGAUUCAGAGCAAUGGUGACAAAUUAUCCAAUUACAUAGUGAACUUAGAAAGACAGUCGUGUUGCGAGUACUGAAAAAAUGAGUUACCUAUCGACACCACACUUUACAUCCGCACCAACAUGAACUUCAAAACAAACUGUGAAACAACAUAGAAAGCCCAUUGUCAUGUUCAGAUUUAAAGGCAAUGAUUUAACACCAUAAAUUCAACACACCUUUUAAAGUAACACAAAGAUGCCGCUCUCCAAGACACAACGAAUAACAGGCAUUAUCGUACUGAACCUUCUUUACAUCAUCAUUCUCAUCUACUUGAACUUUGACGUCAAAACCACUCAUGAUAAUACGUGGGCGGUCAUCCGAAGGCUUCAGAGAACGAAAAUACGCCUUCAGGACGGCGGAGAAGGGACGCCUGACCAGCCCGACGGAACCGCAGAAGACGCAGUUGAAGCACGCGAUAAGGGCGCCACGGAGGAGGACUUCCGCGUUGGAGAUCUGCCUGCAGGACGGGCGAAGAGAAGCCCCUCGCCGCAGCAUCCCUCCCAGCCCCCGGGGGAUGCACCGUCUCGAGACACGCUAACUCCUCCGGGCGAAUUCUUGCAUCCUACGACCGACGCGGGGACCGAGUCAAAGGAGAGCAGAGGCGUUGUGGAGGAUGGGGGGAAGGGAAGGAUGGAGGAUAUGCUUCUUGAGGUUACUGUGAAUGCGACGGGUGUUACGCUGUCUGUGGAUGGCGAACAGGUGUAUAGCAUGUUAAACAAGACUCGCCCUUGGGGAAAUGGCACAGCAAGGCUUCAUGCAGGCAUCCACUUGCUAACGUUGCACCAGUUCACUGGAAAGGUCAUGCGAUCUGACCUUUACAUGACCUGGCAGCCCACCAGUGAGGCACAGUUUCUGGCAGAGAUGAACAGGAUCCAAGACGGUCGACUGCUGGUCAUCAUGGGAGCGCCCCGGUUCCUAACAUACGUCGCAGAGGAAACACUGGACUCCAUUGCGCGCCUGGGCUCGGAUUUCGUCGAGGGCCUCUCCAUAAUGGAUUCCUGGUGCUUCGUCUUCCACAAGGGCGGGAAGGUGUUUUCCGACGCCAUCAGCACCUCUGAAUCCACUCCGAGGGAACUCCCCGAUGUGUCUCCGUUAUCCAUCGCGAUAACUGUGCCCCGAAAACCGCCUCAAAGAUGCAAGUGGUACGACGAAAACAACCUGGGCGAGCGUGCCACGUUCUGCGAAACUUACGAGGGCUACGGGGACUUCUGCCGCUGUGAGGGAACGCCUUGGACCCCAGAUCCCAGCAAGGGCCCCGAUUACCCCAUGACCGAGGCGAUUCCCCUUGCCAUAGUUACAUCCCGAAGGCUUCCUAACGUACUGAAGCAGGUGAGUCAGGUGUGGGCGUCCCGAGGGGGCAAGCGCACGCCCAUCACUCUCUUCGUAGAUGGACACAGCCCUGAGGCAAGAGACCUGAGUCGCCUCCUGAACGUAUCGGUGGUGGAGCACGACAACCCGGUGCCUCCGUCAUCGAUGAGCAGAGUCAACGCCCACAUCAAGUUCACUCUCGAGCGGGUGUUUGAGGAGUACUCCAAGGCUGAUAAGGCGAUCAUACUCGAGGACGACCUUGACCUCGCUCCUGAUUUCAUACCGUUCUUCCAACAGACGGCGCCCUUGCUGGAAUCCGACCCCAAGUUGAUAUGCGUCAAUGCCUAUAACUACAAUGCCUUCAGACACACGGCGCAUGACCCAGCCAGGCUCUACAGGGUGCAUGGUGUCCCUGCGUACGGGUGGAUGGUCAGGCGAACCAUCGCUCGGGAGAUGGUUGCCAUGUGGCCAGCUGUCAAUCAGUCGGUGGAUUGGGACCUGUGGCUGCGGUUCGCCAUGAUGGGGUCGAGGGACAUCCUCAUCCCGGAGAUCCCGCGCACCAAGCACGUGGGCGGCGGGGGCGUCCAUGUCACGGGGCUGGAGCAGGCGCUUUACUACAACAAGCGGCCGCUCAAUUCAGUCGCCAACGUUACUCUGGACGUAAAGGCAGCUGAACAUGUCCGAUACAUGAAGACCCACGCUGCCGCCAUCCUAUCUGCAGAGGUCGUUCGCUUCCAAGACCACCCGUGCAAAGUCGUUCCCAUACCGAAGCAUCAGGUAAACCGGACUUUCGUUGUGUAUUUGGACCAGCCCAACGAAGGACAAAAUUCAAGUGCUUACUUCGUGGCUGCAAGGUGUCUAGGCUUCAACGACCGCGACCUUCACGAAAACUUGAUGCUAAUGUACACGCACCUUUCUUCGGAAACCAACUCUACCUCGUCGGCUGCCCCAACUCCCCGUUCUGCUUCACCCGCGACCCGAAGGACCUGUACAGGCCUUCGCACGACGACGUCACCUACGCCUACAAGCAUCCCUUCAUCAAGGGAGUCCUCAUCCGGCAGUAUGCCAUGAGGGUGCGCCCGCAAUCCCUCGAGGAGCAGGUGGCCCUCGACAACUUAAAUGCUUACAUAGUACUGGAAGGAAGUCAAUGAGAAACACGCUAAUGAUGGCGCUCCGAUGGAAGGGCGCGCCGAGGAUGGCUGAUAUGAAUAUGUCACAGAUUCCAACUGUGGAAAUGCGUCGCUACAAAACGAGGGAUCAAUGACGGACUUUCAAGUACCCAGGACGUCUUUUUUAGGAACUGUGCUAGUUUACUGCCUACACUCCAUUUCUCGCAAUGGCGGGUGAGGUAACAAUUGUCCACACAAAAGAAAUAGGACAAGUCAUUGUGGAAAUAAUAAAUUUCCAGUACAAGUAUCAUGUGUUCAGUACACAGACAAGUGUACCGAUAAUUAUCACUGCUGCUUCUAUUGACUACGAGUAUCGUUCUUGUUGAUAAUAAAAUGGA